CCUGGAAGGUCUCCCGUCCUCCCUAAGGCCAGGUUAAAAACCUCUGCACCACGUGGUGUUUGCAAACCUGCCUGCUCCCUGGAAGCCAGCAUGUCAGCUGUGGUCCUAGAAAACCGAGGCUUCGGCAGGAAAUUCUCCGACUUUGGACAGGAAACAAGCUAUAUUGAAGACAACUCCAAUCCAAAUGGCGCCAUAUCACUGAUCUUCUCACUCAAAGAAGAAGUUGGUGCUCUGGCCAAAGUCUUACGCUUAUUUGAGGAGAAUGAUAUAAACCUGACCCACAUUGAAUCCAGACCAUCACGUUUAAAGAAAGACGAGUAUGAAUUUUUCACCUAUCUUGAUAAACGGAGCAUGCCUGUUCUGGCAAACAUCAUCAAAAUCUUGAGGCAUGACAUCGGCGCCACGGUGCAUGAGCUUUCCCGGGAUAAGAAGAAAGACACAGUGCCCUGGUUCCCGAGAACCAUCCAAGAGCUGGACAGGUUUGCCAAUCAGAUUCUCAGCUAUGGAGCGGAACUGGACGCAGACCACCCGGGUUUUAAAGAUCCUGUGUACCGAGCAAGGCGGAAGUACUUUGCUGACAUUGCCUACAACUAUCAACAUGGGCAGCCCAUCCCUCGAGUGGAAUACACAGAGGAAGAAAAGAAAACUUGGGGGACGGUGUUCAGGACCCUGAAGUCCCUGUACAAAACCCACGCUUGCUACGAGCACAAUCACAUUUUCCCACUUCUGGAAAAGUACUGUGGCUUCCGCGAGGAUAACAUUCCCCAGCUGGAAGAGGUUUCUCAAUUUCUGCAGACUUGCACUGGUUUCCGCCUCCGACCUGUGGCUGGCCUGCUUUCCUCUCGGGAUUUCUUGGGUGGCCUAGCCUUCCGAGUCUUCCACUGCACCCAGUACAUCAGACAUGGGUCCAAGCCCAUGUAUACACCUGAACCUGACAUCUGCCAUGAGCUGUUGGGACACGUGCCCUUGUUUUCAGAUCGCAGCUUUGCCCAGUUUUCCCAGGAAAUUGGCCUUGCCUCUCUGGGGGCCCCUGACGAGUACAUUGAGAAACUCGCCACGAUUUACUGGUUUACUGUCGAGUUCGGGCUCUGCAAACAAGGAGACUCCAUAAAGGCAUAUGGUGCUGGGCUCCUAUCAUCCUUUGGUGAAUUACAGUACUGCUUGUCUGACAAACCAAAGCUCCUCCCCCUGGAUCUGGAGAAGACAGCUGUCCAGGAGUACACCAUCACAGAGUUCCAGCCCCUGUAUUACGUGGCUGAGAGUUUUAAUGAUGCCAAGGAGAAAGUGAGGAAUUUUGCUGCGACAAUCCCUCGGCCCUUCUCAGUUCGUUAUGACCCAUACACUCAAAGGAUUGAGGUCUUGGACAAUACCCAGCAACUUAAGAUUUUGGCUGACUCCAUCAACAGUGAAGUUGGAAUCCUUUGCAGUGCCCUCCAGAAAAUAAAGUGAACCAUGGACAGAAUCUGAUCUGAAAACUGAGAAUCUGUUGAUGGAAAUCCAAUUACUUCUUUCAUUACAUCUAGAAAAGUCUGAAAAAUCUUAAUUUGAUAUGAUAGCCUUAAAUCCUUUUUGGCACAACAUGGAGAAUCAACAAAAAAAUCAAAAUAAUCUGAAAUGACAGCAUAUUAAUGCAUGCCCAAAAGCAUAACGGUGUAUCUUUUGGGGUCAUCUUUGAUUUAGAGAUAGUAAUCCUAUACUCUCAAUUGAGUUGAAAUCAAUAAUCUGUCACAUUUCAUCAAAGUUAAUUAAAAUUUGUGACCUGCUUCAUUCAA